UGCCCCAGUGGGAGCCAAGGCCAGGUCGCCAGAGGGGCUGUCCGCCAGCGGGAGGCUGUGUGCAGGACCCACGCCUCCCAAGCUGGCGAGCCGGCAGCGCCCCGGGGCUGCGCUCCCACGAGGCCGGCCCCUGCCCUGCCCCUAGCCCGCAGCGGCGCCAAGUGGAACCGCAUCCCGCUCUUUCGUUUUCGUUUCCCGGAAGGAUAGCGAUUACCGGAGCGCCUCGCGCGCCUGCCCGCCUGCGGAGGACCCGGGCGCACACGCCUGGGCGCUUCUCGAAAGAGAUUUCCUCCCACGCGACCUUCCAGUUCUCGGAGCCAGGUUAGGGGUUUGGCGGAGGAGGACUCGGGAGCGCGGGCCUAGGGCCCCAGCAGCCACAGCCAGGGGAGCGCUCACGACAGAAAGCCGGUGGCUUCCUCACCUCCACCUGCAAUGCAGGAGGGAGAACUGGCUAUUUCUCCUAUAAGCCCUGUGGCAGCCAUGCCUCCCUUAGGCACCGACGUGCAAGCCAGAUGUGAAGCUCAAAUUAACCUGCUGGGUGAAGGGGGGAUCUGCAAGCUGCCAGGAAGACUCCGCAUCCAGCCCACACUAUGGAGCAGGGAGGACGUGCUGCACUGGCUACGCUGGGCAGAGCAGGAGUACUCUCUGCCAUGCACCGCAGAGCACGGGUUCGAGAUGAACGGACGCGCCCUCUGCAUCCUCACCAAGGACGACUUCCGGCACCGUGCGCCCAGCUCAGGUGAUGUCCUGUAUGAGCUGCUCCAGUACAUCAAGACCCAGCGGCGAGCCCUGGUGUGUGGGCCCUUUUUUGGAGGGGCCUUCAGGCUGAAGAUGCCCACCCAGCACUCUCCUGUCCCCCCAGAAGAGGUGACUGGCCCCUCUCAGAUGGACACCCGAAGGGGCCACCUGCCACAGCCACCAGACCCAGGGCUUACCAGCAACUUCGGCCACCUGGAUGACCCUGGCCUGGCAAGGUGGACCCCUGGCAAGGAGGAGUCCCUCAACUUAUGUCACUGUGCAGAGCUCGGCUGCAGGACCCAGGGGGUCUGUUCCUUCCCCGCGAUGCCGCAGGCCCCCAUUGACGGCAGGAUCGCUGACUGCCGGCUGCUGUGGGAUUACGUGUAUCAGCUGCUCCUUGACACCAGGUAUGAGCCCUACAUUAAGUGGGAAGACAAGGAUGCCAAGAUCUUCCGAGUUGUGGAUCCAGAUGGGCUCGCCAGACUCUGGGGAAAUCACAAGAACCGGGUGAACAUGACCUACGAGAAGAUGUCUCGUGCCCUGCGCCACUAUUAUAAGCUUAAUAUCAUUAAGAAGGAACCGGGGCAGAAACUCUUGUUCAGAAAUGGAUAAGCUGAUCUUCAUAUUCAUAUGGAGUUUCCAGUGACCUCAAAUAGCCAAAACAGUCUUGGAAAGAAAAACAAAGUUGGAGGACCCACAUUUCCUGAUUUUGAAACUUGCUACAAAGCUAUAGUACUCAAAACAGAUUGGUACUGGCAUAAGGAUAUAGAUUAAGAACAGUUUUUUCAACAAAUAGUGUUGGGACAAUGAGUGUCCACAUGCAAAAGAAUAAAGUUGUCCCCUUACCUUACACCAUCUCCAAAAAUUAACUCAAAAUAUGUCAAAGACAUAAACGUAAGAGCUAAAACUGUAAAACUCCUAGAAUAAAACAUAGGAGUAAAUCUUUAUGACCUUGGAUUAAGCCAUUGCAUCUUAAAUAUAACACCAAAAGAAUAAGUAAUAAAAAAAUAGAUAAAUUGAACUCCAUCAAAAUUAAAUCCUUUGUGCUUCAUAGGACACCAUCAAGAAAGUGAAACAAAAACAAAAACAAAAACAAAAAACCCACAGGAUGGGAGAAAAUAUCUCCAAAUUAUACAUCUGAUAAAACAAUUGUAUCCAGGAUUGAUAAAGAGUUCCUACAACUCAAUAAUAAAAAGACAAAUAACCCCAAA